UUGGGUGCCUAACUUAUUUGUAGGAACCAUGUCAAAAGUGGAGACGCUAACAGACAUAGGAGAUGUCUCUGUAAGUAACCAUCAUACUCCUCAUUCGCCUGAUGCUACCAAAUUUCUUAACAGCCCAAUAACUUUAGACUUUGAUCCUUUGAGUUUUGAGUUCAAAGAAUCUAAUUCUGAAAGUAUCAUUACCAGUGGGCUUGAGGGUGAUGAAGCAGAUCAGCAGAUUGAAAAUGAUGAAAUAGAUUUUUUGUCCUUGAAAAAUCAUGAUAAAGUCAGUUUAAACACACAAAAUUCAACAUCUGAGUUACAAAACAGAUCACACAUAUCAGGUAAAAAAUAUGUAGGAGAUUCUUUACUUAGAGACAGAGAGGAUUCUGAAUCAUCAAGUGAUGAACAACAAACCCCUAGCGAUGGGUCAGGUUCUGAGUCUGAUAUAGAUUCUUCAGAUACACAUUCAGAUGUUAAUGAAAGCAAAACUGUUAAAGAAUAUGUAAAUUCUAUUGCAAAUCCAGAACAAAGAGUUACAGCACCAGAAACUGCUCAUAUAUAUCAUCUUCCAACUCCAGAAAAUGAUGUUAAAUCAUUCACCAAAAGUGAAAACAUAAUUUAUACUCAGGAAGAUGUAUCUCCAAUCACAACAGUUUUAACCACAACCUCUAAAACUGAUACUUGUACAGGUGAUGAUGGUUAUCUCAUACAGGCCACUGGUAAUUACUCAUAUACUUAUGAUGACUAUGAAAGUGAGGAACAUAAAGUAAUAGACUUGCUAGAAAAUAGUAUUAGUGAAGAACAUGACUCAUUAAUAGAUUUUGUUACUGAAUCAAAUUUACAAGAACACAGAAAUCGAAGUGUAGGAGAAGAAUGGAUAAAUGAAAAUCAUGAGUUAGAGCAUGCAAACAAAACAAAUGAUAAAUUCUUGUUUAAAAAAAUAGAAGAUAAAGAACAUGAUUUGUAUCAAAAUCCAAGUAAUAAGCAUGACUUAUUUCAAACAAAUGUAAUUGUAGAGCAUGUUGUUACCCCAAGGGAAUUGGAGUUUGAGUGUGAUUUCAUGCCAAUUGGAACAGAAACUAAGCAUGAUAUAACCCCUGUUAAUGCAAAAGUGGAAUAUGAUGCAAUCUCAGGUGAAGUAGAUAUUGAGCAAGAUGUAACCCCAAGAAAUAAGGCAAUUAUGAAGCAAGAGCAGUUGUUUCCUGAUGCUAUCGAAGCAGAGCAAGUCGCAACCCCCUAUAUGGAGCAUGGAAAAAGCAAACUGGAGGAGCAUGUUGUGCAUGAAGAGCAUGUGGUGUCUUAUUCCUCUGACUCAGAUGUGGAGCAAAGUGGAAAGAAAAAGAAAACUACCACUAAAAAGAAGACUAAGUCUUCUGUGCGUACAGUUGAAGAGCCAAAAUAUUCAGUUUCUCACAGUGAGUUACAGCAUAAAGAAAAACUUAUAAAGCAUAAGGAAAACCAUGAGGAAAUGGUGACGACUUCAAGGAGACCAGAAAAGAUUACUACUAGACAAUAUCAAGAAGUAAAUGGAGUGUCAGAAAGUGGAAAGAUUCAUAUAGACAGUGAUUCUGAAAAUGACCAUCAAGAAGUGAAUGGCAGCAUUGUUGUUUCACCAAUAUCUGUGGCUAAAUUGAAAACAGAUUAUAUAAAACAAGCAACACAUGAUUCUCAACAAGAACAAGCACACAAAGAUAGUAUCCUAGAAAAUAUUGACCUGAAAAGUAUGAAACAAGAAUAUGUAACACAUGCCUUCCAUCAGUCUGAACAUGAGCAGGAACCAUGCAAAGAUAGCAUCCUAAAGUGUAUUGACUUAAAAACUUUGACAACAUCAUACAUUGACCAAGUUCAACACUCUGAUCCAGAUCUUUUAUCACCCACCCGUGAGGUCAUUUGGACGGGUGUGGACAUACACUCUCUAAGGAGACUUUACCAGGCUGAAAAAAAUAAAGAUGAAAAAGUAACUUCUCGAGAAGUCAUUCAAACUGGAGUCAACAUUUCAGAGCUUAAAUCAAGUUUUACUGAGAAAAAAGAUACAAGUAUCGAAAAAGAACCAUUGGAAGAAAUCAAGCCUUCUGUUGACAGAGCCAAAGUGUCUCGAACAUUUAAUCAGAACCAAAAGAAUGAAAAUGAAAUAGUGUGUAAAAUCUGUGGCCAGCAGGUUUACCUUAUGGAUAAAAUUAAAGCAGAAAAGAGUGCUUUCCACAAGUCAUGCUUCCGAUGCAAGGAGUGUAGUAAGGCCUUAAGUGUGGAUACAUAUUCUUCCCACGAGGGUGAGAUCUACUGUAAACUCCAUUUUAGGCAGCUGUUUCAACCUAAAGCCAAUUUUGAUCAAGAUGCUGGCCUUAUGCUCAGUGACAACCAGGAUGAAAAAGGAAAGCUAAGGAAGUUUGAAAUGAUUAUUCGUGAAAAUGUGCCACAAGAACUGCCAGAAGAUGUGGUCCGAUGUGAUACCCAAGUUGAUGUAGAUCUACCAUCAGUUCCAGACCUGAGUGAUAUUAGAUCUCGCUUUGAAUCCCCUCAGGAAGAAAUUCAUUAUGCUUCUACCACAGACAAGUAUUCUCUUCAAAGAUCAGAAAGUGUUAUGCAGCGUUUAGCCAAGUAUCAGUCUGCUGUUUCUGGUCAAGAGAAUGGAGAAAUGUCCAGCUCUGGUGAAGAUGAGGAUGAUGAUUCUUCUGUCGUUAGGGGAAGCAAGAAAAAAGAAAAGGUAAAGUUUGUUGAGAUGUCUAAUUUAAAGUCUCGGUGGGAGAAUGGCAAGGUUGGCAAGCAUGAAGGAAGAGGUGUGGACAGAAGGGAGGAACUCUCUAAACUAAGACAGAGAAUAUGUCUUGGUAGAUCUGAGUCAAUGCGUGCAGUUUAUGAACGUGCUUGUAAGGAAGCUGAAAAUAAUAUUCCUUCAAAAACUGAAUCCAUUAACUUGGGCAGAGAAGUAAAAGCUGUUAGCCUCAAGGAAAGGUUUGAAAAAGGUGAUGUAGAAAACGAAUUGGAACUAGAGAAACUUGAAAAAGCCCGUCGGGAAAAGGAAGAUGAUCUUAGUGUCUUCAGUGAAGCAGGUACUGCAGCUGAAGCAAGAACACUUUUCAAGCAAAUUGAUGCAACCACUUCAAAUGUUUCUUUAUCAUCAAACAAGUCAUCAUACUAUGAUCGCUGUGGGGCCAGAGAAACUGUCAGUCAGUCUUCUGCUAGUGAUGGUGAUGCUACCAAGUUUACCGAUCCUGUUUUUAGGGAUGAUAUUGAAAUUGAUUCUUUGCAGGUGGCACAACGAUUCAAAUUCUUUGAAAACUAUAAAAAUGAACCAACAGAAAGGAAAGAAUUUCAGAUUACCCCUCCAAGAGAAAUUAAGAAAGAUCAGUCUACUGAAAGAGAAAUUAUCCAAGAUCCAAAUGUAGUACGAUCAUCUGAUACUGCAGAUGAAGGUCUUAUUACAGACACAACUAAGAAAAUGCUUCAUAAGUUCAAGAAGUUAGAAAAUCAACCUGAUGUCCAAGUCAAACGCAAACCAGUAAAGCGUAUCACUCCACCAAGAGAGUACACUGCAGUUAACAAUGAAAAUGAGUCAUCACCAGAACCAGAACGAGAUCCAAACAUUAUUCGUUGUAGUUACAAAACUGAAGAUGAAAUGACAUGGGAGAUUGAUAAAGCCAAGAGUCUUCGUGCCAAAUUUGAACACUGGCAACCUGAGGUUGAACAAGAAAACACCAAAAAUGAAGAAGAAGAAUGCAUGCCAGAAACAGAUAUUGCCAAGAACUUACGAGCCAAGUUUGAAGCUAUCCGUGAAGAAAGUAUGAAACCUAAAGAAAAACCAAAACCUAGAGUGAAGAGAUUUGUUGACUUGGGUUCAGCUACAAGUGAAGAGUGUGACUUCUGUGGGAAGCGUCUGUACCUUACAGAGAAAAUGGAAGCCAGUGGACUGAAGUUUCACCGAAACUGCUUCCGCUGUACACAUUGUAACUGUAUGUUAAGGUUAGAAAAUUACACUACAAGUGGAGGGAAGAUUUAUUGCACUCCCCAUUUCAAACAUCUUUUUAUUUCUAAACAAAUUAAUGAAACUGGCCAAGAAAUUAGAAGUGUAGUCAACCAAGAGACUGUAUUGGCAGUUAAUCCAGAACCUGUGCUGGCAGCUAACCAAGAACCUUUGUUUGCAGCUUACCACAAAAGUGAAAUUGUGCCUGAUCCUAACACUGCAGUAGUAAAUAUAGAAGUGGCAUCUGAAACUGUCUGUAAUGAUUUUCAAGAGACUGUGGAUGUUGAAAAGGUGGCAACAUGAAAACAGUUUUAUAUCACAUUGUUGGUUUAUCUUAAAUAUAUAUUGGAUGUUUGGAAAUACAAGUAGUUUUAAUCAUAGUGCAUCUUACACAGUUACAGAUGUUGUUUUUAUUUAAAAGACACAACUACUUUGAUGAUGAAUAGCAUUCGGUCUUUAAAAAACACCAGUUCCUAAAUAUUUAAGACGAAAUAUUUUAGAACUUUUAGUUUGUUGAUGUUCUAUACAUAAUAUUACAAUAAUAGGUUUUAGGUGUUAAUCUAUAUACGUUUAAGUUAUCUAAAUGGGUAAAGAAAAACAUAUACAGUCAUACUUUACAUUUAUUCAAAAGUAAGUUUUAUUGCAGGUUUUACUUUUAUCAAUACUGGUAAAAUCUCAAUAUGCCAGUAACACAGAAAAUAGAUGUGUGUGGAACAGAUAAACAGGUGUAAAAGAUUUUUCUACAGCUGAUAUUCAUAUAGUAACAAAUAAAGUGAUAUACUGAAAGUAAUUACAGAUAUACAUGGUAUAAUAUAAAUUCUAUAUAUACAUAUUUGAAUCACUGUUUAUGAAAAAUGUCACUUUGAUUUUGUUAUUUGUGAGGCUGUUUUUUUUUAUAUUACUUUUUUUUUGCCACUUGGGUCUUCUCUUGAGGAUUGACAAUUAUAGUGUUUGACAUUAUCCAAAAAUAUCUGCACUAUGAACUUUGUUUAUUGAAAUUAUUAAAUGUCAUUUGGUGUACAGUACAUUUACAGUAUACUUAGUUCAUCCUAUGUCUCCUGACACAUUGGGCUGUCCAUUGAUGAUAUCCAACACCAUCUUUUCCAUUUAUUCUCAUGUGACAGUUUUUCACUGAUGUCUUUCUCAAUACAUUUUUUCCACAUGAGCUUUGGUCGUCCUCUCUUUCUACUUCCAUCUUCAACCUUCCAGUUCAUCACUUGCUUCACAAUUCUUGUGUCAUCCAUUCUUAUAAUGUGACCCAUCUGUUUCAUUCAUCUUUGUUUGAUUAAAUCCAUCAGGUCACAUGCUUCUGUGCACUUCAGCACCUCGAAGUUUGGUACUUUAUCCUUCCAUGAUAAUUUUAAUAUUUGACGCAGGCUGUUCAUAUGGAAUGGAUUUAAUAUGUUUUUGUCUUUUCUGUACAUCUGCUAUGCUUUGCAACGGUACAGCAGGACAGGCAAAACAAGACAAUUAUAGUCUAACUCUCAUUUUGAUGUUCAUACUUCUAUUGUUGAGCAGUCAUUAGCUUUACCAAUUCUGUUGAUCAUUUCUUCAUGGCUAUUUCCAUCCCUCCAUAUCUCUUAACUUGAUAUAUGGUCUCACCAUCAAAUAUUAUAUUAGGUUUUUCAUUCUCAAUUGACAUUGUAUUGCAUUUUUUCACAUUUUAUCUUAGACCCACCUUUACCGCUUCUCUCUUCAACUUCUUUGUGCAUUCUUGCAGUCCUUUUUAAGUUUCAUCCGUAAUAACAAGAACAUUUACAUUAUAGAUGACCAUAAUGAAGGUGAUUAAGUUUUAUCAAGUCACUUGGUAUAGCUGAAGCUAAUCCUCACGAAGUACUAUGAAUUAAAAUUCGAAAAAAAUUGUACUAUGCUGUCUGUGUCAAGCGUGUCUUGAUAUAUACUGAAGUAAAAGUGAAAACCAAAGUUACUUUAAAAUUCAACAAAUAUUUAAUAGUUAUGAAAUUAAAGUUUUGACAGAGUGAAAUGGGUAGUUUUAUUUUUGACAUAGUACCUAAUUUUCAGCAUCAAUAAGUCACUUUAAAAAAAAGUUUUUUUUUGUUUUGAAAAAUAAAAAAAAUAAAAGCUAUUACAAAAUUUUAUGAAAUAAAUAGCUUCCAUUUCUUGUCGCUGCAGGAUUGAAGCUUAUAAAGUUUGUCUCGUAAUGUCGACAUUUUAAGAUUUUUUUUUUACUUUUAGCCUUUUUGUAAUUGUGUAAUUUAUCAAGAGAUGUCGUAUAAAGGAUAAUGUUUGUAUGACAGAACUGGAUACAGAAUGGCAAUAAUCCAUGUAGUUUUCUUGUGUUUUUUUGCUAAAAUAACACCUUUAUUGACUGAUAUGUUUCGCACUAUACACACAACAUUUAGAUAAUUAUUUUACAAUAAUAUACUUUAAGUAGAAUCUACAGGCUAAUGAUUACGUUUUUUAAUUAAGUAUUUUUUUACAAUAAUAUACUUUAAUUAGAAUCUACAGGCUAAUGUUUACGUUUUUUAAUUAAGUAUUUUGUUUAUUUCUAACAAUUAAAUUCGUAUGAAAUUUUUGACCAUGAAUAUUUGAGGGCCAUCACUUAUUUUGUGAAAUAUAGACACGUAAUACCCAUAUUUGUAUACUUACAUUUGAUUUUUAACUUGUAAAAAGUUAAUUUAGAAAUACUAAGAUUGUUGUGUUAUUGUUCCAAUUUAUAAUUAUUUUUCGUAAUAGUAAGUACUUAUUCGUCUGACAACGUAAUCUAAUCAUGAACUGUCUUGAAAGUGAUAUAAUAGGGGUGUACUGUUGAUAUUGUAAGACUUCUUGUUUCUGAUUCGUGUUAUAUUUUUGCUUAUUAUAAACUUUCUAUUUAUUUUUGCUUGUUGAAUCAAAGGUUUGCAUAUUUUCUGUAAUUGCGUAUUUCAAGUAAUUAUUAUAAGUAGCUCGACUUGUUGAAGACACUAAUAUUAGGCAACUAAUCACUUAUGGUUAUGAUGUUGAUUUAUCAGUAAAAUCUCGUUUGAGUGUAUUUUGAAUCUUUAUAGAAAUGUAGUCUUCCCAUGUAGUUUUUCUUUCAUAUGUAACACUUACAUAACUUAUUAAUGCAUUUACUUUAAUCUUAAAACUGUGUCGACUCGCAAUCUUGUAAAAUUACCGACUAAAAAUAAUUGGUUGUUGAAGAUUGUCGAUAGGUGUCGUUUUAUGGUUUGAUUCCUUUAUUUUGAGGGAUGAGGUCGUGAUUUGUAAGUUGGUUUUAAUAAAUGUGAAAAUUAAUUGCUAUGUUACUGUUUCUUUUUUAUCAUUUUUAUUCGUGCUUUCAAAACUCCAGUUUGGAGUGUAUAUAAAGGUAUUUUUGAAUAAACUAACAUUUCUUCCAACUUGAUAUUUUAUUUUUAUUUGGGAUUAUCAGUAUAUGAUAUGGUUUUAAGAGUAUUUUUGUAUUUUAGUGCAUAUAUGAAUACGGAGUUAUUAUGAAAAGAGUAAAAAUUUGUUAUGCAUAAAACUUUGUUACAUGAAGAUCAAAUUUGUAGUGAUCAUUUUAAAGAAAGCUCUAUUUUAUUGUAUCAGCUUGUGAAUUAACUGCAAUAAAAUGAUAUUUAAAGGAAA